CUACAAUAUUUUGAUUCAUUUGAGCAUUCAAUUUCAUCACCUGCGCUGUUCUGCAAACGAGAAAGAGAAAUCCGGGUUAAAGAGGUGUCUUCUUUAGGAAUAUAGCAAGUUGAGAGUUGUGCUAUUCGUUUAUUAAUUGAAUGAAAAGGGUUUGGCUCUUGAGAGCUCUGAAGCAAAAACUUUAGACCUUUUAUGGGCUUAAGUUCUUGGUAUUUAAUGUAGCAUCAUCAAAUUGUUGAUCCUGGUGGAAUGUUAGGAAAGUUGUUCGCUUCUUCUCUCUUGACCUUUCAUUCUACACCACAUUGCGUUACCACUCCUGAUAUUCCUACAGCUACCCCUAAUAAUGUUCUCUCAAAUGUGAACUUCUCCAGCGGACUUCCACCAAAUCUUUUCUUGGGUGUGUGUGGCUCCAAAACUUAUCAUAAGAAAUGGGAGAUAUAUUCAACCACACAAAUCGAAAGUAUUACUUUAAGCGAUGAAGAGAGGAAAAAAUGGGAAGCAUGUAGAGAACCUCUCUCUGCAUUUGACUUUGAUGCUGAAGAAGAAGACAAGAUACUUGGAAAAGCAUUUGGCCAUAUCCAUUCACCGUAUUGGAGUGAAGAACGCAAAAGAGAAAUCCCCGAGUGUGAAACUGUAAAUGAAGUAUUAGAUUACCUAAGGAACCUAAGCCUUUCCGAUGAUGAUAUUCGCAAACUGCUUAAAAAGUUUCCUGAAGUUAUUGGAUGUAGUAUGGAACAUGAGUUGAAGAACAACGUGCAGAUCCUGAAAAAGGAUUGGGGAAUUGAAGGAAAAACUUUACGGAAACUUCUUCUGCGAAAUCCAAAAGUAUUAGGCUAUAAUGUGGACUGUAAGGGUGAUUGCAUGGCAAAAUGUACUCGAUGCUGGGUUCGAUUUUAGAUCCCUUGAUUGUUUCAACUAUACUUUUCCUACACAAAGAGAGAAUUAUCACUUUAUGAAGCAUUGCCACAACUUCAAUUUAUUUGUAAGUUCAAAAUAUUUCCAAUAAAACUCAUUAAGUUA